UUUCAUCUUAAUUUCUUCCCUCAUCUUAAAACACAGUGGCCUUUCUGACCCUUAAUCAAGUUGGCUAGUUUCCCAACCAGCCUCCCCGUGGACGGAUCCUGGCCGAGUUAAUAUUCGAUAGACGUGUGAAGGAAAUUGAUGAGUUUUGUUUUAUAUGGUGUGAUACUGUUCCAUCAGUAGUAUCAAGACAUAACCUAAUCAAUGGUAUUUGACAGGGUCUGCUGAAUGUGGGAAAAAUGGCCUAAAGUGUGAACGGAUUAUUCUUCAACAUUUUUGCCUGUAAACCAUUAGUCUGAUAUUUUUUUCCGUAAUGCCACGGGCUAGCAAUUCACACGUCAACCGUAAAACGCCUACUCUGUCAGGGCUGUAGAUGGCGCUGUUUAAUUAUUUCCUUGGGUCCAGCAACUCACAUUGCACAUGCGCUAUGUUUCAAAAACAGUGGCGGCGUGCAAGUAGGCUACCAAAGAAUUCACCAUGUUUUCUGGUCAAAGAAGCUUGAAACGCGCUUGCAUGUAGAGGGAUGUCGUCCGAACUAGUACGUCUAGGUCGGAAACGUGCCCUACCCUCUUGUCCAAACCCCCUGUUCCUUGAGUGGCUAACAGAGCUGCGUGAUCAGGCAGCAGAGAAAGGCCUUAAGACUCAAUACGUGUAUCAGAAGGCACUAAGCUCCUUAAAGAAGUAUCCUCUCCCACUUAACAACGGAAAAGAAGCAAAGAUAUUACAGAACUUUGGAGAUGGGAUCUGCAAGAUCUUGGAUGAUCGACUUGAGAAGUAUUAUAGAGUAAACGGUCCAGACGCACCCAUACAUUCCCUCCCCAGUGGUGUACAGGCUUCAGGUCAUUGCAGUACCAACCUUGACCCCUCAAAAGCCUCCUCAAACACCCAAGAACUUCCUGGAACUAGUGGUGGAGACCACAAGACCCAAAAAGGAGAAGUAAGGAGGGAGAAGGGGGCUCGAAAGAAGAGGGGAUAUGUUCCUCAGAAGAGAUCUGGAGGUCAUGCAGUGCUGCUCACACUGUACAGACACUCUCAGGUCCCAGACAGUAAAGGCUUUAUGUUUAAAAAUGAGCUGCAGACAGAAUCUCAGCCUCUGUGCGACAAAUCCUUCACUGUGCCGGACCUUGGAAGUAAGUACACAGCCUGGGCCUCGGUCGGUACCCUCAUCCAGAGGGACUUGGUGCUGAAGACUCACAAUCCAGCCAGAUACUCUUUGACAGAGCUGGGCCUGGUUGUGGCAGAGCAACUAGAAUCAGGGGAGAGAGAGGAGAAAAAUGAUCAAAAAGUAGAAGAAGAAAAGAGGGAAGGAGGAGAAGCAGUGGAGUGUCCAGACACAGUGGACCUGACCCUGGAUGAUGAUGAUCAUGACGAUGAAGGAGUGAGCGGCCGCUUGGCGAAGAGGCCCUCACCGGUGGGCCCCACGGAGGAGUCCCCCACGGAGGAGUCCCAGGCUGUGGAACACGGAGAAGCAGCGGCGAGGGGCAUUCUUCUGCCUGGCUGCUAUGAGAUCAUUCUCUGUGUGGACUUCAUAGAAACAACUGGGGGCAACACUGCAGGGAAGCCGGACCUGGUCACGGAACUACAGAAGAAUGGAGUGACCUUUGACAUUAGGAAGCUAAAUGUGGGGGACUUCCUGUGGGUUGCCCGAGAACAAGUUGCCCCUGAUCCAGGACAGCUACGGCCACCCACAGUCAGAGAGCUGGUACUGGAUUACAUCAUUGAGAGGAAACGAAUGGAUGACCUGUGUGGUAGCAUUAUAGAUGGGCGCUUCCGUGAGCAGAAGUUUCGUCUGAAAAGGUGUGGUCUGCACAAGCCCAUUUACCUGGUGGAAGAGCAUGGAUCAGCUGCUGCUCACUUGAGUUUACCUGAGAGCACCUUACAGCAAGCUAUAGCUAAUACACAGGUGGUGGAUGGCUUUUUUGUCAAAAGGGUGCAGGAUGUGAAGGAGUCAGCAGCAUACCUCACCAUUAUGACCAGAUACCUGCAGAAGCUGUACACUAACCGAACACUGCACUGUCGCUCUCGAGAGCUGGAGGGCGACGGCCCAAGAGGAGCCCAAGUCUCCUGCUCUCUAAUGUCCUUUACUGAAUUCAACCACGGCGCCGUCAAAAGCAAGUGUCAGACAGUGAGGGAGGUGUUUGCCCGCCAGCUGAUGCAGAUCAGUGGGCUCUCUGGGGACAAGGCAGCCGCCAUAUUGGAGCACUACAACACAGUGAACAGCCUUGUGCGAGCCUACGGCCAGUGUGCCAGUGAAGCACAAAAAGAGAAACUCCUCUCUUCCAUCAGAUAUGGAAAACUUAAAAGAAACCUGGGUCCAGCUCUCAGCCGCACUGUGUACCAGCUCUACUGUACCAAAGGUCCACUGUCGUAAUUUAUCACAGACGGCUUAUUUUCAGAAUCUGUGUAUUGUUCAAUGUUUGUUU